AUGGGGAAGACAUUAUUGUCCACUUCAAUCCUCGUCUCAAGAGGGGCCAACAAAGGGUAUUGUGUAUGGUUGGAGCACUGUGAAGGGCCACUCAUUAAUAACGGAGAUCUACGGAAGCUAGACAUUAACACCAGCUAUUCACCGUCUUUUACGGGAGACUUGGUGUUCAACUCAUACUAUCGCGGACAUUGGCAGACGGAGGAGAGAGGAACUCGUACGGUAUACAGCAAUGGACACUUACUCCAUGACUUCCAAGAACGACAGUCCGGCUGGUCAAUCACGUCCAUCGACAUUGGCGGAGAUGUACACGUACACUCCGUGCAAAUCGAAUAA